AUGAGCUCGCAGCGAUCCAACGUCGUUACGCAGGAUUUCCUUGCGCGAAUCAGAUACUCCAAUGCGCUCCCUCCUCCGCCCUGCCCCCCGAAGCUGCUCGACAUCCCCAACACAGGUCUCUCAAGCGGGCAGUACACGUCAGCCAGUUUCGCAUCGAGGCUUGCGCGAGAGCAGCCACUGAACAUCGAAGCGGAUGCGGAGCUGGGCAUGCCCAUCGACUUGGUGGGCAUCCCCAAGGUCUUUGACGGCGAUGAAUCAGCCAUUCAGGCCAUGGCUCACCCGCCACCACUAUGCGCUGCUGAUCGAGCGCUAAUGCGACCGCCCAAUGCGCUCGGCAAAUCGCACAAUCAAGCCACAGGCACAUCCUUCUUGCGACGCACAGAAUACAUCACCUCGAGCACAACGGGCGGCUCCAAGUUCGAGUCGAGUAAUUCGUCCAACACGAUGCGCGUACGACGAAAGCGAAAGCUCCAAGACACGUCUGUCGACGACCCCGUCAACAUUUCCAGACACAUCCUGAAGGCCUUCAACCUCGCCUACCCGGCCGACGCAUACAACGGGCAAGACAGCUCAGAGAACAUCCGGGCAGCAGAUGUCUCGGCCGAGGAGAGGCAGGCCUGGAACAAGCCCAAAAAUCCAAAGAACCCCAACCUCAGGCUGCUCGAUUCGUACCCGUUGCUGCCAGAUUGGGAUGCCACCACCGACACAGGUGCAUACAUGAUGUUCAAGUACAUGGCGGCCCCGAUUAACAACCCGCUCGACCCCUCAUACGACCCUCGUCUCGACGUUGCACUCUUCCGUCCUGCAGGCCAGUCGAUCAAGGACCAAGACAUGUUCAUACAGGAAAAGGAGGCACAGAAGGAAGACCCAACGGCGCCAACACCAACCUCGCGAUUCCACUUCGAGUUCUUCCUGCCAAGCUCCAAAGACCGAGUCCAUGACAUCCAGCGCAACUUGACCACCAACGACCCCACCGCCGAGGAAAUCGUCUUCGACGGCGUGGGAGAAGACGAUGAGGGCCGCCCACGCAAGUUCUUCAAGUUCGACAACAUCCGCACAUACGAGACAUCGCAGCAAGUCGGGUGCGAGGACAUGUACGGCGACGUCGUCGCCAUGGCCAUGCACGACCCGGACAAGCACCAGCAGGAGAGCUUGCGCAGCACAAAGCUGCAGAAGGCCGCCUAUUUUUACCCAAUCAUCCAGAAGACGAGCAUCAGGCCCCGAAGGCCCGGGCACGUGGAGAUGGUCGAGGAGCAGCAGCGAGUUGACGUCAUCGAGGCGGCGGGUAGAGAGCCUAUGAAUGAGAGCGAGAAGCGGGAGUCGUUUAGGAGAAAGGCUGAGCCUGUUGAGGCUUGA